AGCCCCUGUAAUUACCUCUGAACAUGCUGGCUAAUGAGAUGUGACACACACACCAGCCGGUGGCCCAGAUGAGGAGGGAGACUGAACCAGAAAUGCAGCCGUUGGCUAAGCCCAGCUUACUGUAGUCACUACAACUCCUGAACCCAUUCCUGUACGUGAAAACCUAACGUUACCCGGAGACUGAAGCCCUGACUGAACUGUCAACAAAAGAUUUGACGCUCUGGACAUCCAACAGGAGGGGUCAGGAAUCUCUGGACAUCCAACGGGAGGGGUCAGGAAUCUCUGGACAGAAGGCAGUUGUAGCCCAAAGUGGUGCUGUUACGGCAGGUCAGAGAGACUGUUUUACAGACUGUGUCGUUGGCGGAGAGUCUUACUAGGGAGAGGAGGUUUUUUGGCUGUGUCUGGGCUGGCUAACAGCUCACCGUCGUCAGUAUGUGUCAGCACGCGAAACGACAGCAGCUGAGUUGUCUCACCCUAAAGGAGCAGGUCUCGAUCAUAGCCAGUGACAGAGUGAUCGAGAAGCUUGAGAUGUCCAUCCUGUCAAGGGUCCGAGAGUGGGUGAGGAUGAAAAGAGGCAGCAGGAUGGAGACAUCUUGUCUGGAGUUGGCCCUGGAGGGGGAGAGGCAGUGUAAGGUGGGGAAUUACCGUGCCGGGGUCUCCUUCUUUGAGUCGGCAAUCCAGGUUGGCACAGAGGACCUCCAGAUCCUCAGCGCCAUCUACAGCCAGCUGGGCAACGCCUACUUCCACCUGCAGGAGUACAGCAAGGCUCUAGAAUACCACCGCCACGACCUCAACCUCACCAGAACCAUUGGGGAUGAACUUGGAGAAGCAAAAGCCAGUGGUAACCUUGGGAACACUUUGAAGGUUUUGGGAAGGUUUGAUGAAGCAGUGGUCUGUUGCCAAAGACACUAUGACAUUACCAGAGGGAUGUACGAUAAGGUUGGGCAGGCCCGAGCGCUGUAUAAUUUUGGCAACGUUUACCAUGCCAAGGGGAAAAGCAUUUGCUGGACUGGAGUAGAGCCAGGAGAAAUCCCUGAGGAGGCCAAGGUCGCUCUGAACAAAGCCACAGAGUAUUACGAAUUCAACCUUUCCAUUGUGAAGGACUUGGGGGAUCGGGCAGCACAGGGGCGGACCUAUGGUAACCUAGGUAACACACACUAUCUGCUCGGAAACUUCCAGCGAGCUGUGGUGGCCCAUGGACAGCGUCUCCUCAUCGCUAAGGAGUUUGGGGACAGGGCGGCUGAGAGGAGGGCCUACUAUAACCUAGGCAACGCUUACAUCUUCCUGGACCAGUUUGAAGUGGCGGCUGAACAUUACAAGAAGACUCUGCAGCUGGCCAUGGUGCUGAAGGAUAAGGCUGUGGAGGCUCAGGCCUGUUAUAGCCUGGGCAACACCUACACACUGCAGCAGGACUACCAGAGAGCCAUCGACUACCACCUCAAACACCUCAUCAUCGCACAGGAGCUCAAGGACAGGGUUGGGGAGGGCAGAGCGUGCUGGAGUUUAGGAAAUGCCCACACAGCCUUGGGGAAUCAUCAGAAGGCCAUUCACUUUGCUGAGAAGCAUCUGGAGAUAUCCAAAGAGACUGGAGACAAAAAUGGUGAGGCAACAGCCAGGAUGAAUAUGGCAGACCUGAAGUUAGUGCUGGGUCUGGGUCAGAACCCAAGCUCAAGCCUCAACACCAACAACAGCUCUGUUCUGACUGAGAACCACAGGAAGCAGGAUACCUUACCAGGUGUGAAGUCAGAAGGCAGGAGUAACAGUAUGGAGAACUUGGAGCAUAUAGGACUGGGCCCUGAGAAAACAACUGUAGAAAACUGGGACGAAGACGUAUUCGGGCCUUCUAACCCUAAAUCCAGCAUGGCCAAGGCCUCCUCCAAACUGUUCUUCAUCAACCGGUUCAGAGGGAAGAAACACAAGAAACACAGCUCUCCUACCAGAGAUGGGGUCCUCCAGGACACCAGCAACAAGCCCACAGCCCGAGAGGUGGACACACAUAAGUCAGGAGUCAAGAUCGGAUGUUCUGACACUCUGGGUGACGAUGGCUUCUUCGACCUCCUCAGUCGUUUCCAGGGCAGCAGAAUGGACGACCAAAGGUGCUCCUUAUUGGACGGCGAGAGCCGUCUCUCCGAUCCCUUCUCUCCCUGUACUACCCCGCCCGUAGCCAUGAGGAAAUCUACUUCCGCAUGCGAGGCCAACCUGGAGCCUGGGCAUUUCCUGGAUCUGCGGGCCAGCUCCCAGGGCAGUCGACUGGACGAGCAGAGAGCCAGCAUGGGCAGCAGCCUCCCUGGUCUACGUCUCAGCACCUCCGAUCAGCCCAUCAGGCCCCACCCCAUGCUCAGUCGCCUGAUGACCAGUGCUGACCAGCCUCAGGCUGACGACGUCUUCUUUGACAUGCUAGUCAAGUGCCAGGGUUCAAGACUGAAUGACCAGCGGUGUGAAGAACCCCCUCCCUCCACUAGAGGUCCUACUGUCCCAGCUGAGGACUUCUUUAGCCUUAUCCUGCGCUCCCAGGCUAACCGGAUGGAUGAGCAGCGGGUCCCACCCCUAAGUUCCGACCUUAACCAGCCCAUCUCGGACUGACCAGCUUUAGUCUACUUCUACCUAUCCUCAGCUUCUCUCAGCCCAGAAACCAGCACACAGAUACAUUCCUCUACCACAGCCCUAACUGAAAAUGGAUCUACCCCCCCACACUACUCUAGAAAUCAUGGAGUCCUAAUGUACAGACUUUUUAUUCUGGCAGAGAUUUUACAUAAUUUGUUUAUGUUGACUGGGCUCCUUUCAGCCUUUCUCAGUGUGUGAAUGGCCCAGACAGUGCAAUAAACUGACAAUUUAACAGA